AUCGCUGCACCUGUAGAAAUUAAUUCAAGGUUUGUCCCGAGUGUAAAGCAGUUACAUACUCCUCUACAUUCAAAGAGUGUUGAGUUCAAAGAUAUUGUCAAGAUUGGGCGCACACACACUCAGGAUGCUACUCCUCUGACUCUUGGACAAGAGUUCAGUGGGUAUACUACUCAGGUGAAAUAUGGGAUAAAUAGAGUGUUGGAUACACUUCCUCGCAUGUAUCAACUUGCACAUGGUGGUACUGCUGUUGGAACUGGACUGAACACAAAGAAGGGGUUUGAUGUUAAAGUUGCUGCUGAAGUAGCUGAGGAGACAAAGCUGCCAUUUAUUACUGCAGAAAACAAAUUUGAAGCCCUAGCAGCACAUGAUGCUUUUGUCGAGACUAGUGGGGCCUUGAAUACAGUUUCUGUUUCUCUUCAUAAGAUUGCAAAUGACAUCCGACUUCUUGGGAGUGGUCCACGUUGUGGUCUAGGCGAAUUAAUUCUUCCCGAAAAUGAGCCAGGCAGCAGUAUCAUGCCUGGAAAGGUUAAUCCUACACAGUGCGAGGCUCUUACCAUGGUUUGUGCCCAGGUUAUGGGAAAUCACACAGCCAUUACUGUCGGUGGAUUGAAUGGUCAUUUUGAACUCAAUGUGUACAAGCCUGUAAUUGCCAGUAAUCUGCUUCGAUCUUUAAGGUUGCUUGGGGAUGCUUCCAUUUCUUUCGAGAAGAACUGUGUGAGAGGAAUUCAAGCAAACCGAGAGAGGAUUUCAAAAUUACUCCAUGAGUCCCUGAUGCUUGUUACAUCAUUGAACCCUAAAAUCGGCUACGACAAGGCUGCUGCUGUUGCCAAGAAAGCUCACAAAGAGGGGACAACUUUGAAGAACGCAGCAUUAGACCUUGGAGUCCUGACCGGCGAAGAAUUCGACGAACUCGUGGUACCGCAUAAAAUGAUCGUCCCGUCGGACUGAAUGUCUACACAUUACAGCAUUCGGAAAUAAGUUUUUCCCAAAAUCAUUUUCCUAUCAGAUUUUUACACUCAAUUCUGGCCUUUUGUUAGGACAUAUCAUAGCAAAGGUGGAUAUUUUAAGGGAAAAAUAAGUUUUCCAAAUGAAUGUUGAGGAAACAAUGCUUUUGAUGCCCUGCAUUUUUGUGAAGUGAUUCUUCCAAUUUUAUUGAGAGCUUUUGUUCUCUUUGUACCACAAAUAAAGAUCAAACAUUCCAAUGAAGUUAGCCAUAGAAACUUAGCUUCUUUUG